AGCCGAUCCAAACUGCAGUGCAGUGAAGGAGCUCUCUUUGUUCCUGUUUUCUUUGCUGUGUCUGAGCAGGAUAGCAGAGAACCAUCUUGAAAAACAGAAAGAAUUCUUUCCUUGAAACAUCAUAGAGGAACAGAAUUUAGCUUCUCAAAAUGCUUUCUACAUUUAGUAUAUGGUGAAUUAAUAGUGGAGGUAAGUGGAAACUGACAGAUUUGCAUAUAUGACAUAGAUUGCACGCUCCAGUUUUCACUCAGGAACUGCUUUAGGAGGGUGUACAGAUGUUUAGUGUCUCCUAAAGCAGGCAGGUGUCUGUUUGUGAACUGAUCCAUGAGCAGCUCCUAAAACAUGCUCUGCCUUUUAGUUUCGUGUUGUUCUUGUUUUUAGAGGACAGACCACUGUAGGCUGAAACCUGCAACUGCUGCAGGCCAUACCCCACACCUAGGGCAGAUGAAGCCAUGCUGCAGACUACACAGACUUGGUUUCAGCUCACGGUCUCCAGUUUCACCUGAGUGACAUUUCCUCCCAAAAUAUAAGGUGACUAACAUGAAGUUGAGUGUGACUAAAAGUCUGGGAGUGGCCCAGAUCAGGCGCUCCUGAAGAACGUGCUGACGUGGGCCAGAAUUUGCCACAUACAGCAUAUUUAAAAUGGUUCCAUUAGAAUGAAUAACGAGUACAGAGGUUCAGAUGGGGAAUAACAGGAAACUGUAACUCAGCACCCUUUCCUAUCAUCAGUGAAGGGUGAUGCUGAGCCACUGGAUUGCUAUUCGAGUCCUGCUAUGUGCCAACUCAGGAGGCAGCCCACACACUGCAGAUGCAUGUUUUUAAAGCUGUUUUCCAGACCAGAGAGUGCUGAUGGACGUUUCGUCAUCGUCCAGUUGCUUUGCUAUAUUCCUGGAUGAGACGUGACCCUCUGGUGCCUGUUCUGCUCCAUACCAGACUAGUAACUCACUUGUUUACAUCUCUCCCUGUUCCGCUUCCAGAGAAGAGCAAGGCAUUAAGAAUUGUUGUCGAUACAACUUAUUGAUUGUCGCUCCAACAAAAUACAUUUCCACUCCAGCCACCCUGGGUAUUCAGCCUCGGAAUGAUUUUUUUUCUCCCCACCAAAUGCAACUUAGAUGCCUACAAGUUCUUCUUUACCCCACAUUGAGCAGUUUCACUCCAGAAACAGCGUUGCCCUACAAUGUCUGUAAAUAAUCUUUUCUAGGUUAUUUACCAGCAGAGGAGCGCUGUCAGAGGUUGUGUUUGUUUCAGGGGCUGUGCUGUGUUGUUUGUUUUUCUUUUAACUUAAAGAUUCUGGUGACGGUUUGUUAAAAAGAAAAAAAACAAAGCGCCUAGUGGGAAUCACAUAAAAGCCCAUUUCUCUGCAGAGCUGCCAUCAUGAUUCACACCUCAGGAAGGACAGAGCCUCACUACGCUUCAGAACGCACAUAAUGAUGCACUGCAGUGUUGUUGAACACAGCCUUGUUUUUAAAGGAGGAAGGAUGCAUAGCUGAGAUGUCACACAACACACUCAGGUCUGCAAAGCAGUUGACAACCUUGACUACAUGAGGCACCCUGUGUUUACAAUUAAAGAGAAAACCUCAUGAUAAUGUUUGCAAAUAACUGGCAUUUCUACCACUGUAGGGUAUGUUACAGGCCAGCUGGCACCCUGAGCUCACAACCUACAGAUCCAAACUCACCAUAUUCACUCGGGCAUUGGGGCUCAGAUUCCAUAAAUGUGAUGAAUUCACAUUCACCUGCUGCCCCAAACCCUCAGCUUGGCCAUUCCUUGGCUGUUUUUCUCAGCAGAAAACUCGUCUUUGCGAUCAAAUCUCUAUCAGAUACAGCACAAGCUCGCUUUCCACUGGGGCAAAGCAGCUGACGGGGCGGGAUUCUCCUCACUACCAUUCCCGGUUGUGCCCACAGGCGGAGCCCCCCGACCAGCGGCGCCCCGCGGGCACAGCCUCCCGGGACGCCCCUAUCCCGCGCCGCGACAGCGCCCCCUGGCGGCAACGGGCAGCAGGGCGGGGAGCGGCACAUGGGGCGCGCUGCGGCGGGCAACGCGCGGCGCUCCCGGCGGAGCAGCGCGGCCAGCGCUUCGCCCGCGGGUAGAAACCGCCGGGAGAGAGGGAAGAAAGCGGGCGGCUCCCGGGGCGGGGAGCAGGCGCUGCCCGCCGGUACGUUCGAUCUAGGGGCGCAGAGCGAGCGCUGGGCCGCCUUCCAGGAGCGGCACCGGCUGAGCUGCGAGGAGGCGGCGCGGCUGCUGCUGGACGCCUAUGAGCACAGAGGCCUGGUCAAACACACGGGAGGCUGUCACUGCGGAGCCGUCCGCUUUGAGGUCUGGGCUUCAGCAGACCUGCAUGUUUUUAACUGCAAUUGCAGCAUUUGCACAAAGAAGCAGAACAGACACUUCAUUGUCCCAGCUUCACGUUUCAAGCUGCUGAAGGGUGCUGAUAAUCUGACAACAUACACCUUCAACACACAUCGUGCCCAGCACACAUUCUGCAAGACCUGUGGUGUGCAGAGCUUUUACACUCCUCGCUCCAAUCCAGAUGGCUAUGGGAUAGCUCCCCAUUGUCUGGAUGAUGGCACCGUGCACAGCAUUGUUACGGAGGAUAUCAAUGGCAAAGAAUGGGAGAAGGCAGUGAAGGAACAUAAGACCAUCAGAGACAUGUCAAAACCCUGACAUACCCUUCUAACAGCUGAACUUGGAGGACUGCCAUGGAACUGUAGUCUGGGCAUUUCUGAGUGUUGUUGUUAUCUGUUUCUUAAAUAAAUAUUUCUAUUCUGCCUGUGCCA